AACGAGAGCUUGAAAAGGGGAAACCCUGUGGGAGAGACCAUGUCUAGAUGCUCAUUCAGUCCUACAGUCACAUUUCACACUACAGCACACACUAAGUCACGGAGAUGACCAGCGCUAAUCACCCCAGGUUCCGCCUCCUGAUUGGCUGGUGCUGCCUGAUGAGCUCAGCUCUUCUCAUACUAAUCGUAUGUUUUGCAAUAAACAGGAAAGAUAAGCCUGAAAACGAAGCUGAAAGAAAAGAGCAAAAUUUCACAGUGACCGACGGCAAGACCGACCAACGAAUAGGUCUUUAUCCAGUUCAAUCCGUCAGCGACUAUAUCCAUCUCAUCAGAGACUCCAAAGAAAUCUGGAUAUGCCAUCCGUGUAAGAACAGCUCCUUUACCCAUAAGAACAGCACCGUCAACAUUACAGUCAGCGGGCUGUACUUUUUCCAUGCCCAGGUCACCUUUCAAAUUAGUAAUCCCGCUUUAAACACAGGGAGUGUUACUUUGCUCAAGAACAAAGCUCUGGGGAUUCAAGAAAGAUAUCUGAGUAGGGUCAAGCACUCUGGAUCAGGAACGGCGACAAUGAUCUGUCUGGUCGAGCUGACAGAAGGAGACAGCAUCAGCCUGGAGAUACAUCCCAACAAAAGCAUAUCAAGCAACGAGUAUGAUACUUACUGGGAAAUUAUGUUUUUAAAUAACAAAUAACAAACAAGUCUUCGAUCUUUCCAAUUCUUCUUUAUACGUUUUCUAUAAAACCUUGAUUUAGGGUUUAAAGGAAAAAUUUGUCAUGCCUUGAAAGAAUUACAAGACUCACAUUUCAGUGUUUGUCACCUAAUUUCGAGUCAAGCGAUUCUCCUGACGGUCUGUAUUUAUAUUUACCAAAGUAAAUGGUAAAAGACGCUUGUAUGGUUAGUUCUCAAGCCCAUUACGGGUUUCAAAAGGAACAUUUUCAUAUUUUUAUGGGUUGAAACAUGUGGAAUUUUAUAGUAUGUGACAUUUUAGAUAAAGUUUUGCGAUUAUAUUAAAAAAACUUUUAAAGACAUUCAAGUUUAGAAGGUUUAUUGGUUAUUCGUGUAUAAUAUUUGAAUUGUAUUUAAUUCUUUUCUUUUUUUUAAGUGUUGUUAAUGUUCAGGGAUUUCUUAAUUUAAUACAAAAAUGAAGGACAGUUGUCGAGACAAUCAUUUGAUGUGCAGUGCGUUUUUUUCUAAAUAAUUUAUUUGUAAACGUUUCUGUAAGCUAUAAAAAAAUAAAGUAAAUCUGCCAAAUUUCACCUUGUGUUCUUGAAUUGAUCUUGAUUAACCUCGGACUCAGUUUGCAUGAAACCAAGCAGCCACAUGAGGGAGCCAGUCAUCACAAGAACGCUCUUUAAACGUGGCCUUCCUGUUGGCCCUCAGAAGGCAAACCACUGAAACUUGAACCCGCUUUAGCCACAGAUACAAACACUGCGUUUCGAUUGCGUAUAAGUGCACCUAAUCUAGAAGGCCGAAGGCAGGAGGAAGCUUCCUUUCAUUCCAAAACUAACCAAUUACAUUUUAAGGUCAGAGAGAACGAGAACAAUGUGUCAAAGUUCAAUAUAUAUAGUAGGCAACCUGGUCUGGUUUUGGUUAGUACACUGAAACAAUGUUGACAUUUGAAGUAUGGAGUUUCGACGAGGGAUAUACUGUACAAAGUCAAAUUUAUUUUUACAAAAGCCUACCUUCGCCAACAAACUGCGACCGCAAGAGGCACAACAGCUAAUUUCAUAUCUUAUGAGUCACAAUUCUGAAAUUCCCCGCAUUUAUAAAUCCUUUUUUUAAUUCAUUCCUCCAGCCCACACUGAA